GUAGUGUUUUACCAAUUUAUAUUGUGACGAAAUAUAUUUGUGAUCACUCAAAAAUAUUUAUAAAUAAGCCUUUAAAAUAUAAAGAAAAAAUAGACAUUUUAAAUAAGAAUGAUUCCAGUGAAAGAUUUAACGUCGCUAUUCGAAGCAACUGUGAAAACAGUAAAAACUCGUAGAAAAUUAAAUUCAGAGGGCGAUAAAACAAACAUUUUCCCAAGAAAAAAGCAGCUGUCCGAAUUUUCGAUCAAAGCAAAAAGUGUCGUUAAGGGCAUAAGUGAACUUCAAAACUUCCUGCAAAGUCAUAGGGAAGACUACACAGCUGCCGGAAAUCUUUUAAAAGAGACGUCAUGUAAAAUGACUGAAGAAGAAAGGAAUCAGAUUGAUUUAGAUGCCCAAAAAUACAUUAUAACUUGUAAAGAAACAAUUAAAACACUAGAAACUUAUGUUGAAAAGAUGGUUGUAAGCGACCAAGCAAAAGAACAUUAUACAGCUGUUAUUGAAAUUAUCGAAGAAUAUUUGAAAUCUGUUUGCAAUAUGUAUAGUUCUCAAAGAGCUGUUAGAUUAAAGAAAAUGAUUGAUAAAAAACAAGUCUCAAGACUGAAACCUUCACAACCAAGAAUUAAAAGUAGUCCUCCAUAUAUUAACAAAGGUGAAGGAAAAAAUGUGGAAAAGCCUGAUGAAAAUUUAACUAAUAAGAAAUCUGAUAAAAAUAACCAAAUAAAAAAUACCCGUUCAUUUUUACUUGACGAUGAUGACAUAUUGGCUCCUGACGAAGAAGAUUUACUAAAACAAGAAAAUGUUCACCUGUUGCAAGAUAUGAAUUCAUUGGGAGAAGAAGUAAAAAACAUAGAAGGUCAAGUUGUGGAAAUAUCUAGAUUACAAGCUAUUUUUACAGAAAAGAUUUUGGAACAAGAACAAAUUGUCAACCAUACAAGCGAUAAUGUUAUCGGAUCUAGCGAAAAUAUAAAAGACGCUAAUGACGAAAUCCGACAAGCUAUGAAAAAUAACGCUGGUUUAAGAGUUUGGAUCCUGUUCUUCUUAAUCGUAUCUGCAUUCUCCUUACUUUUUUUGGACUGGUAUAAUCCUUAA